GUCUGUCUACCUUCUUUUGGGGUCUCGAUUUUCUGCUCACUCAUCGCCGAAGCAUCACCGCCAAACACCCCAAGGCACGGAGACACGAACUCGCUGCGGAUGGAUCGAUGACCUUCGUGCCAAGUUAUUACGAGAUUCUUGAUCUCCCAGAAGCUUUUCGCGAUGAAGCAAACCUGCCGGCGCAAACACUUCGCAACGCUUACCGACGAGCACUUCUCCAAAACCACCCUGACAAAUCUGCGAACGGCCCCUUGACCUCAACCCAAACGAGAUAUUCUAUUGACCAAAUCACCGAAGCGUUCUCUACACUAUCAAUCCCCAAGUCUCGAGCAAAAUACGAUACCGACCUGAAGCUUCAAAAUGCCGCCAUCAAUAGCGAGAAAUCGAAACAAAUCUUGUAUACUGGCAUUGAGACUGUAGAUCUGGAUGAUCUUGAGGUCGAUGAAGCACGAGGUAUAUGGUUUAAGAGUUGCAGAUGUGGAGAGGAUCAAGGGUUCUUGAUCAAGGAGGCAGACUUGGACGAGGCCGCAAGUGAGGGAGAGAUUAGUGUGGGCUGUCGAGGUUGCAGCCUGUGGUUGAAGGUCUUGUUCGGUGUCAUAGAGGACGAUAUCCUUGGGGUUCAUACUGCAAAUGGGACCACGGAAGUUCACGAGAACAAGUAAAUGCUGGUGUUACAAGUGUAUCUUUGAUAGACACAUUUGCCAGUCACACAUGGUUGUCAAGCGACUCCAGCACAUAACAUAUUUGACAGCAUGGCUGAAAUCUGUGGAACUUGGCCUACAUGAUACCCGUGGCAAAGAAAUCGCGUGGCAGGAAUUCUGCACGCUUUGCCUAGCAAUACAGCUUCGCAGAUAAUUUCGAAAAGAGUUGUUCCGACUUCCUAUGGCUUCCAAUCAGAGCUCGAAAGCAUUCUUGGUCACCUCAAACUUGCGGUUAUAUUUCCUCUUGCAA